GAAAAGGUCAAUUCUGCCCCAUAGGACUUGGGGCCUUUCUGUAGGACUCGCUGAAAAGACCCACUUGUGGGGCCACCGUGCGUCGGGCAAUUCCAGAAGCAGGCCAUGCGGGAGCUCCUGUUCUCACCGCUCUUCUUCGCGGCGGCCGUCUCCGCUGUCUGUGAACAGCCGAGCGACUUCCAGCGGCAAGCUGUCGGCCUCGCCGCCGCGCUGAAGAGCGACCAACGGGGCCAGGUCCAGGUGCAAGUGCUUUGUGGCGAGGAUGCAGCGGCAGCCGCCGCGCGAGCCGCGACGCACAAGAAGACCGCCUCAACCAAUGGAGAGGCUGUGCUGAGCUGCGCGCGAAAGCUCCAGGAGCUGCUCGAGCAAGAGGCAGAGACCGGCGCCAUUGGCUAUUUGCCACCCCAGAUGUUGGGCCAAAACACACCACAGGAGCGGUAUAGGCUGCUCAAGACGGGCGGUCAGUACAGCCGCCGUGCAGCUGAACAUGGUCGGAAGGAGGAGUACCCCGAGGCGGUCGCUGACCUCUUGCGUGCGCUGCUGCGCGCCAACGUGGACGAGACUGCGCGGGACAAGCUCAUGCGGACCAUGGUUGACUUUCUCAAGAAGGCCGAGAAGCGGCGGUCGAAGAUGGCGGAGGACGGGGACUUGUCGGAGCUCUUCGAAGCUCUGGAGAUGGAAGAUGACGGGAAGGAGAACACAGAUAUCGAUCGCGCUUCUUUGAAGAGGACCUAUCGUGAGCUUUCCAUCAAGUACCACCCAGACAAGAAUCCCGAGUCCGCCGAGCUCUUCGGUAGGAUCCGAGAUGCCUAUGAGAUCUUGAGCGAUCCAGUGAAGAUGCUCCUCUAUGACACAGGUGGCAUGGAUCUCGUGAAGAAGUACGAGAAGGAUGGAGACGGCGAGAUCGAGCGGGUGGAUAACUUCGAGGUGAACCACGAGAUUAGUUUGGAGGAGGCCUACAAGGGAGGCGAGAAGGAGAUUACGGUGAACCGCCGCGUGGUUUGCAGGUCUUGCCGUUUGCGGCCCGAGUUGCCGCGCUGCCGCAAGUGCCAAGCCUGCCCCGGAGAGCGGCGGCAGCGACAGGUUUGGAUGGAUCAGUGGCAUUAUCGUAUCGAGGAGUACGAGGUGCCCAGCGACGAGCGCUGCACCUGGGAUCGACAGAAGUUGAAGUUGCAGAUCGAGCGCGGCACCAUGUUUGGUGACCGAGCACAUUUUCCAAGCAUGGGCAGCCAGCUUCCAAAGCACAUCCCAGGGGAUGCCCUUGUCACCAUCAAGGUGCGAAAGAGUCCAGUCUUCAAACGUUUGGGCGACGAUCUCAUGGCCGAUGUGCACGUGAGCCUUUCCGAGGCGUUGCUGGGCUUUGAGCGUCAGCUCGUCCACCUCGACGGACAUGUGGUGCGAUUCAGCAUGCCGCGAGGGGACGUCUUGAAGCCGGGAUCAGCCUUGCAGAUCGAGGGUGAGGGGAUGCCCCACAAGGAGGACCCUUCAACCGCUGGAAAGCUGGUGAUCCGUUUCCACAUCGACUUCCCACAGAGCAUACCUCCUGCUGCAGGAGAUGCCUUGGAGGCGGCCUUAUCCAAGCUGCCGGGCCAGGCUCGUCCGCGGACACAGCGCGGAGCCGAACUGUGAGGGGAGCCGAUCCGCCAAGACGAUUUGUCCUCCCAACAAAUGGGAUUUCGGCUGAAACGGUGCUGAAAGUGAUUUGACAAGGACCUGCCCUGAGGACGUCAGGUAAGUUGAGUCACGUCAUGAGGACAUCCAGCAACGUCGUGGCCGAAUCAGGGUUCCCGGUGCCCCGUCUCCGUGGUGCCCUGUCUGAGCAACUCUCCGUCCUGUCGGAGUAGACAAGGGAGUAAGGG